AUGUCUUAUACUAGAAAGCCUUCUGCUGUCGGUAACGAUCGUCAUCAUCCUCAUACUCUUUCUACUCUUGACUUUCAAGGCGCUAGUUCUGCUGCUGCCGCCAAGGCUAUGAAAUCUGAAUUGGCCAAGUUGGCUACUCAAAUUCAAAAUGAAGAAGAACGAAAGUAUUUUACUCAAGAAAUGGAUAGUUUUUAUAUGCUCUUUACUCGUUAUUUAGAUGAAAAGAGUAAAGGAAAAAAAUUGGAUUGGGAAAAGAUCCAAACACCAUCUUCCGAGCAAAUUGUUCCUUAUGCAAGUAUUCCCGAAGUAACUGAUAAGUCUGAUCUUGAAAAAUUGGCUGUCUUGAAAUUAAAUGGUGGUUUAGGUACUACAAUGGGUUGCGUUGGUCCAAAGUCUGCUAUUGAAGUACGUGAUGGUAUGACUUUCUUGGAUUUAAGCGUUCGUCAAAUUGAGUACUUGAACAAGAAGAAUGACGUUAGUGUUCCUUUCAUUCUUAUGAAUUCCUUUAAUACGGAUGAAGAUACAAAACGUAUUGUUCAAAAGUAUGCUACUCAUAACGUGGAUAUCAUUACUUUUAAUCAAAGUCGUCAUCCUCGUAUUAACAAAGAAUCCAUGUUACCUGUUCCUCGUUCUCCUAAUUCUCCUAUUGAACAAUGGUAUCCUCCAGGUCAUGGUGACUUGUAUGAAUCUAUUUAUAACUCCGGUCUUCUUGAUCAACUUAUUGCCCAAGGUAAAGAAUAUUUGUUUGUCUCUAAUGUGGAUAACUUGGGUGCUACUGUGGACUUGAAUAUUCUUCAUCACAUGGUUGAAUCGGAUGCUGAAUUCAUUAUGGAAGUCACUGAUAAGACAAAGGCUGAUAUUAAGGGUGGUACUCUUGUAGACGAUGAUGGUCAUAUUCGUCUUUUGGAAAUCGCUCAAGUACCCUCUGAACACGUUGAAGACUUCAAGUCAGUCAAGAAAUUCAAAAUCUUCAACACAAAUAACUUGUGGAUUAAUUUAAAGGCUAUUAAACGUGUCAUGGAUGAAGAAGCCAUGGAUCUUGAAAUCAUCGUGAAUCACAAGACAACUCCUCAAGGUGAAAAGGUCAUUCAACUUGAAACUGCUGUAGGUGCGGCUAUCAAACAUUUCAAGAAUGCACAUGGCGUUAACGUUCCUCGUGCUCGUUUCUUACCUGUCAAGUCAACCUCUGACCUUUUCUUGGUCACCUCCAAUCUAUAUUCCCUUGUUCAUGGUCGUUUAGUCGUUAACCCUGAUCGUAUGUUCAAUAAUGUUCCUUUAGUCAAGUUGGGUGAUCAUUUCAAGAAGGUCAAUGAUUUCUUGACACGUUUCAAAAAGAUUCCACAUAUUUUGGAACUUGAUCAUUUAACUGUAACAGGUGAUGUUUGCUUUGGUUCCAAUGUUGAACUUCGUGGUACGGUUAUCAUUGUAGCUAAUCAUGGUGAACAUAUUGAUAUUCCUUCUGGUACUGUUUUGGAAAAUAAGGUUGUUACUGGUUGUUUGCGUAUUCUUGAUCAUUAA